AUGAAUUAUCAAAAAAUGUGUUUUUUUAGCGUUUCUAAAACGGGCGAAAUUUUGUUUUUCGAAACAGAGUAGGCCCUAUAGCUUGUAUAUGUUUUAUAGGUAAUGUACAAGGCUUCGAUGCUGUAAUAGUAUCAGAUGUACCGAUGGGUUCUGGUCUGUCAAGCAGUGCAUCACUAGAGGUCGCCGUCUUCACACUACUUGAACAACUUACAGGCGCAAUUGUACAUCCAAUUCAAAAAGCCAAACUUUGCCAGAAAGCAGAACAUGAGUUUCCAGGCAUGCCAUGCGGUAUCAUGGACCAGUACAUCGCGGCCAUGGGAAAAAAGGACCAUGCGCUACUCAUUGAUUGCCGGUCACUAGAAUCCACCCAGAUUCCUAUGAGAAUCGAUGAUACAUCGAUAUUAGUAGUCAACAGUAAUGUGAAGCAUCAGCUGACAGGCAGCGAAUAUCCUCAGAGAAGGGCGCAGUGCCAGGAAGCGGCAGAUAAGCUCGGCAAACCCUCACUGAGAUCUGCUACGAUUGAAGAUUUAAAACAAUUGGAACAGUUAAAGUGUGAUAAGUUGGUUAUAAUGAGGGCCAGGCACGUCAUCGAAGAGAUUUACAGAACUGAAGAAGUAGCAAAGAGUCUCAUAGAGAAGGACAUGAAGACGGUUGGCGAUUUAUUCUUUCAAUCACAUGAAUCCCUUAGCAAACUGAUGGAAGUGUCAUGUCCAGAGUUGGAUCAGCUGGUGGAUAUCAUGAAGGGCAUGCCGGGAUUGUACGGCGCGAGGAUGACUGGAGGGGGUUUCGGUGGCUGUGUUAUUGUAUUGGUAAGUUUACAUUACUACAGUGUUAAAACUCUAAAGUGUCUAGAAGCCUAUAUAAAUGAUAAUCAUCAUAUCAGCCAAGAGACGCCCACUGCUGGGCAUAGGCCUCCCCCAAAGAUCAAAGAUAUAAAUGAUAAUAAGGUUUUUAUUUUCUCAUCAUAAAAGAGAUAAUGCACGUUGAUGAUACAAAAUUUCUGUUACAAAAUUACUUUUUAACAGAAAUGUGUGUUGUAUGUAGGUAUAGUUUGUGUGUAAAAUUAAAUUAGUAAAUAAAGACCUUAAUUGCAGAUCAAGCUCCGUAGGAGAUACUUGAAACGACCUAAAGUGAUGAAAUAAUCU